CGUUGAAACGCUGAAGAAUGAACCAUAAAAGUAAGAAACGGAUUAAAGAGGCGAAGCGGAGCGCCAGACCCGAGCUGAAGGACUCGAGCGACUGGACCAAACACAGUUACUGCGAGAGCUUUGAUUUGUCACACCGGACAGUGAAGGACAAUGUGGAGCGAGUGGACGCCCAGCGUCUCAGUCCAGAGGAGUUCAUUCAGCGUUUUGAGAAACCGUAUAAGCCCGUCGUUCUGCUGAACUGCCAGGACUCGUGGCCUGCCAGGGAAAAAUGGACGUUGGAGCGACUCAAGCGCAAAUACCGCAACCAGAAGUUCAAAUGCGGCGAGGACAAUGAUGGAUACUCUGUCAAGAUGAAAAUGAAGUACUACGUGGAGUAUUUGGAGUCGACCCAUGACGACAGCCCCCUCUAUAUUUUUGAUAGCAGUUUCGGUGAACAUGCUAAGAGGCGCAAGCUUUUGGAGGACUACCAGGUGCCAGCUUUCUUUAGGGACGACCUCUUUCAGUUUGCUGGGGAAAAACGGCGCCCUCCGUACAGGUGGUUUGUGAUGGGUCCUGCCCGCUCUGGAACAGGCAUCCACAUCGACCCGCUCGGCACAAGCGCGUGGAACGCCCUGGUGCAGGGCCACAAACGCUGGUGCCUGUUCCCCACCCACACCCCCCGUGAGCUCAUCAAGGUGACGCGAGAGGAUGGGGGUAAUCAGCAGGACGAGGCCAUCACCUGGUUCAACGUCAUCUAUCCCCGCACACAGCAGCCCACCUGGCCAGCCGAAUUCAGACCGCUGGAGAUUCUUCAGCAUCCUGGAGAGACUGUGUUUGUGCCCGGUGGAUGGUGGCAUGUUGUCCUCAAUCUGGACACGACUAUUGCCGUGACCCAGAAUUUUGCAAGCACUACCAACUUCCCCAUCGUGUGGCACAAAACUGUCCGAGGUCGCCCCAAACUCUCCAGAAAGUGGUACCGGAUUCUGAAACAGGAGAGGCCUGAUAUCGCUGCUCUGGCAGAUAAAGUCGAUCUGCAGGAAUCAACAGGCAUCGCCUCGGACAGCUCCAGUGACUCGUCGUCGUCUUCCUCCUCCAGCUCCUCCGACUCUGAUUCAGAGGCUGACUCGGGCUCAGAGGGCGACGCCAUGACCCAUCGCAGAAAGAAGAGGAGAACCUGUGGCGUGAUGGGAAACGGCGACAUCACAAGCCAGGACGACUGCGCGAGCAAAGAGCGCAGUUCGUCUCGGUGACGUCCCAAGAGGGGCUGCAGCCACAGUCGUCUCCUAGACCAUGAAACGUCUCUCUGUCUGUCGCCCUCAGGAGACUCCUGUCCAUUAGAUAAGAGGUUGCCGCUGUGUCACGUCUGGGCACAUGAUAACAAACUCAGCCCUAGUGCGCUUUUAGAGAUAAACACGAACAAAAUAUCCAAAUAUGUGCUUGUUGGAGGAGCGUUGCAUGGAUGAGUCGACAGCCGUGUGUGGGAAGAGAAGGGAAAACCCUUCUUGUGUUGCCUUUGCUGAUGUCAGGCUCCGGACAGGAAGCUUGAUGUCUCCUCCUGUCCCAGUGCCAACGUCAUUAAUCUGCGUUUGAUUCAGAUGCCGUUUUUAUAUUUCACAGGGGUUAUUGCGAGAUGUU